AUGUGCAGCUCCAGUGAGCGUGACCUGGAAGACGACAUCCCCCUGGAGCGUGACCUGGAAGACGACAUCCCCCUGGAGCGUGACCUGGAAGACGACAUCCCCCUGGAGCGUGACCUGGAAGACGACAUCCCCCUGGAGUGUGACCUGGAAGACGACAUCCCCCUGGAGCGUGACCUGGAAGACAUCCCCCUGGAGCGUGACCUGGAAGACAUCCCCCUGGAGCGUGACCUGGAAGACAUCCCCCUGGAGUGUGACCUGGAAGAAGACAUCCCCCUGGAGCGUGACCUGGAAGACAUCCCCCUGGAGCGUGACCUGGAAGACAUCCCCCUGGAGUGUGACCUGGAAGACAUCCCCCUGGAGCGUGACCUGGAAGACAUCCCCCUGGAGCGUGACCUGGAAGACAUCCCCCUGGAGUGUGACCUGGAAGACAUCCCCCUGGAGCGUGACCUGGAAGACAUCCCCCUGGAGCGUGACCUGGAAGACAUCCCCCUGGAGGAUGACGACCCAAACAGCAUCGAGUUCAAAAUCCUGGCCUUCUACGCCAGACACCAUGUCUUCAGAAGCCCUCCAGCUGUCUUCUCACCCAAGCUCUCCAGAACAAGAAGUUUGUCCCAGAAAGCACUGUUGACUUGGUCACCUGAUUCAUGGACACAGGUGUCAGUGCCUUGCAGAAGCUCCCCCUCCAGUGAAAAGCACAUAAGCCUUGGCAAGAAGAAGUCUUCUUGGAGAACAUUCUUCAGAGCGGCGGAGAAGGAGGAAGGCCCACCGAGCUCCCCAAAGGAGGUCCGUACUCAAGGUGUUCAGGGCCCCUUCGCAGUAGAGCAUCAGAGCGGCUUCCACAGCCAGCCCUGGGCCAGGUCUCUUUCCAGUGUGGAGCAGCGCCUGGAGAGUGAAGCUGUAGACCCCAAAGUUGCUUGUAUCGCUAACCGAGUGGCUGAAAUCGUGUACUCCUGGCCGCCACCAGAAGAGUACCACAACCAGGGAGGCAGCUUCAAGUUCAAAGAGAGUGCCCCAGAGCAUCUGUACCUUCGAUUUGAAGGUGCUCAAUCUAGAACUUGCGAUUCAAAGAAAGACGGAGAGGAUCAAGUAAUAAACAAAAUUGUUGAGCUGCUGAAAUACUCAGGGGAUCAGCUGGGAAGAGAGAUGAAGAAAGACAAGGCUUUGAUGAGUAGCUUCCAGGAUGGGCUGUCCUACUCAGUGUUCAAGACUAUCACGAACCUGUUCCUGAGGGAUGUAGACACCAGAGGAGAAUCAGAAGUCAAAGCACAAGGCUUUAAAGCUGCCCUUGCAAUAGACGCCAUCGCCAAGCUCACAGCCAUCGACAACCACCCAAUGAAUAGGAUGCUGGGCUUUGGCACCAAGUACCUAAAAGAGUACUUCUCCCCCUGGGUGCAGCAGAAUGGUGGAUGGACAUUCCUAACUAUUCACAAUUUCCCAAAUGUGUCCUGCAUUCCCACACCUCGGAUCCCGAACAACGUCCUCUCCUCUUGGAAUGCGCUUGCCUGCCAGCCUCCUUUCCCCAGGGUUCUCCGGAUCCAAAUUUACUCCUUUAUUCCACCCCCGCCUUCCCCGCUUCCCCCGUGCGUCAUUUACGGACUCUCUGUUGGCUGCCAUGGGGUUGUAUCUGGAUGUCUUUCCUCGAGAGGGAUCCAAAGCACCCUUUCUGUAGACAAUGGAUUUAGUGCGCUGCACCUUAUGAACUGGCAGACGCAGCCUUUUUCAGCAGCACGGGAACUCUCUUGUGUCGUUUGA